AUGGUGUCCUCCGGCCCUUUGGGGUUCCCCCCUCUCCUGUGGGAGCACCAGGAGAGUGGGGGGCGCUGGGGAAAGGCGCCGCGUCAUCUCAGUGACGCGUUAGUGCCGGGCCCUCCGCGCAUGCGCCAUGGCCUCAGCAGCACCAGCAGCAGCAGCAGCAGCAGCAUCAGGACUAGUCUCAGGAGGAAGCAGCCCUCUCUUCUCUCGUCUCUCUCUUCCUCAGCUGCAAACAUGUCUGAAUUCGACCCCAACCCCUUCGUGGACCCCGUGGACGUCAAUCCUUUCCAAGAUGCUUCGGUCACUAACGUCACCAGGGGAGCAGCGGACCCUCUGGGAGACUUCAACCCUUUCUCUGCUUCGGACACGGGAGACUACUCUGCGACCGGGACCACCAUCCCCAUCUCUGCAGCCACUGCGUCUCAACCUGCGGUGCUUCAAACGUCUGUGGAGCAGAGUGCAAAGAACAGUGUCAGUGCGGCUGCUGUGUCUCUGGCCAAACAGCAGGAGGAGCUAGAGAAGAAGGCCGCGGAACUGGAGAGGAAAGAACGAGAGCUGGAGACGAGGAGCACGGCCCGGUCCAGCACUGGAGUCAAAGAGAACAACUGGCCUCCUCUGCCCAAGUUCUUCCCAGUGAAGCCGUGUUUCUACCAAGACUUUGAGGAGGACAUCCCCGAGGAGUACAGGAGGAUCUGCAGACGCAUGUACUACCUGUGGAUGUUCCACAGUGCCACCCUGUUCCUGAACAUCCUGGGCUGCCUGGCGUACUUCACAGCAGAUGCUGCUAAACACGGGGUGGACUUCGGCCUGUCCAUCCUGUGGUUUGUGCUCUUCAGCCCCGUGUCGUUUGUGUGCUGGUACCGGCCGGUCUACAAAGCCUUCAGGUCAGACAGCUCCUUCAGCUUCUUCUUCUUCUUCUUUGUGUUCUUCUUCCAAGUGGUGGUGUACAUCAUCCAGACGGUGGGCAUCCCGGGCUGGGGCAACAGUGGGUGGAUCGCCGCCAUCAGUAUGAUCUCGCCCAACCUGGCUGUGGCCGUCACCAUGAUGGUGGUGGCUGGAUUCUUCACGGUCAACUCUGUGUUGGGAAUCAUCCUCCUCAAAAUGGUGCACGCCAAGUACCGGAGAACUGGGGCCAGCUUCACCAAAGCCCAGCAGGAGUUCUCCCAGGGCGUGCUGACCAACCGGACCUUCCAGAGCGCCGCCUCCACCGCCGCCUCCAGCGCCGCUUCCAGCGCAGCUCAGGGGGCCUUCGGGAGGAACUGA